GCUGCCUCCCCGCCCCAACGUCGACUUGCUCUCCAUCUUCUCGACACUCUCGCCCUCCCACCACAUUCAACCAACGCGCCUUUUUGCCAUCCCCAUCUCCCACUCCCCUCUACUUUUUCAGUUUUACCCAAACUCAAAACCUCUAUCAAAAUGACUGGCGGCAAAUCCGGAGGCAAGGCCAGCGGCUCCAAGUCCAGCGCCCAAUCUCGUUCUUCCAAGGCUGGUCUCGCUUUCCCCGUCGGUCGUGUCCACCGUCUUCUCCGCAAGGGCAACUACGCCCAGCGUGUCGGUGCCGGUGCUCCCGUCUACCUCGCCGCUGUGCUCGAGUACCUCGCUGCCGAAAUCCUCGAGUUGGCCGGUAACGCUGCCCGCGACAACAAGAAGACCCGUAUCAUUCCCCGUCACCUUCAGCUCGCCAUCCGCAACGAUGAGGAGUUGAACAAGCUUCUCGGCCACGUCACCAUCGCCCAGGGUGGUGUCCUCCCCAACAUUCACCAGAACCUCCUUCCCAAGAAGACCGCCAAGCCUGGCAAGAACGCUGGUUCCCAGGAGAUGUAA